AUGGCCUCUGCAACUCAACAUGAAUCGACAAACGGCAUCAAGUGCCCCGUGGCCUUGAUAAAAUCGAACCUGAUUUUGAUCCCCACGCCGGUUGCCAUCUCAUCACCCUCUUACCGCGCCUUUUACGCCUCUCUGCACGCCAAUACCUCUUUUUGUGAAAUGGGUUUCGGGGAACAUUUCCCGGCUAGGUCCUGGUCCGAUGAAGAGACUUACGAGAUAAUCUCGACUCGGGACGUGAACAACGAUUGGAGAAACAGAGGCGUUGGCGACUUUGCUGUGGGGUUAUUGGAACCCGAGGACCACAAGCGCAUUUUGGGAGAUAAUGCCGUCACCAGGAAUAUUUCAGGGCCUGGUAUUGCUGAGGAUGAGCAAAUCCGAGUACUGGAUACUGGCCGAGAAUCAUUGGCGCUUGAGGAGAUUGAGUGGGUUGGCUAUGCAGGUAUUCGGCAAGCGAGGGACGUCGACCGCAUCCCAUCAUGGAAGGACAAGGUCGAGAUCCGUUAUGGUGUAUCCCCCAAUCACUGGGGUAAGCGCAUCGCCAAUAGAUCGGCUGAGGUGGUGAUGGACUGGGCUGCGGCGGAGAGAGGUGUCACCAAGUUUAUUGCAGCAACUCAGCGUGCCAACACUCGGAGUGGUAGAGUUCUUGAGAGACUUGGAUUUGUUCAGUUGGAGGAGGCAAAGUAUUGGAAGGAGGAGCCAACUGAGGUGGAAUGGGAGCGGGUUAUUUAG